CGAAAAAUUAACAUCGAAACCAAACCAAACCAAAUCAAACCCGGCCUGUCCAAAAAAAGCAGAUACUCAUAACAUCACCUGUCCCACUUCUUCAUUUCUCCAACUACACAAAAAUUCAUCGAGAGAGAGUGAGGGAGGGGAGCAGUGAUCAGGUAUGUUGCAGCAGAGCAGCGGAGGUGGGACUGUGACUGUGGUGGGCCCGGACUUCGAGCUCCCCGACGAGAUACUCUCGGUGAUUCCCACGGAUCCCUACGAGCAACUCGAUCUGGCCCGGAAGAUCACGUCCAUGGCGCUGGCUUCGCGCGUGUCCAAGCUCGAGACCGAGGUGGGCCGCAUGCGCCACCGCCUUCACGAGAAGGACCAGGCGCUGUUCGACCUCGAGGACCGGUUCGGUUCGCUCGAGCGAGCCUACCAGGAGGCCCAGGCCAGGCUCAAUAUCGCUCUCGAUGAUAAUAUGAAGCUUUCAAGGGAACGGGAUUCUUUGGAAAUAACUACAAAGAAGCUUGGCCGUGAUUUGGCAAAGUUGGAACAAUUUAAGAGACAACUGAUGCAGUCCCUAAAUGAUGACACAUCUACAGCUGAAACUGUUGAUAUUGGUACAUGUGACCAACUGGUUCCUAGGGCGUAUCCUGAUAAGGAUGAGGGGGCAAAUGGCUAUGUGGCACAUCAAUCUUUGACUGGCUCAACAGACCUAGCAAAUAAAACUGAUGAAGCGUCAUGGCGUUCUGGGCAAAGAUUUUCUAUUACUCCAUAUAUCACACCACGGCUUACACCAACUGGAACUCCAAAAAUUAUCUCCACAAGUGGAUCCCCUAGAGGUUACUCUUCUGUUGGAUCUCCUCAGAAAACUUCUGGUGCAACAUCUCCCACAAAACCACCAUAUGAAGGGCGUGCCAUACUAUCUUCGUGGUACCCAUCAAGCCAGCAGUCAUCAGCAGCAAACUCUCCUCCUCGAGGACGUUCACAGCCAGGGCGGACUCCUCGAAUUGAUGGAAAGGAGUUUUUUCGUCAAGCCAGGAGUCGGCUAUCAUAUGAACAGUUCAGUGCAUUUCUGGCCAAUAUCAAGGAACUGAAUGCUCAAAAGCAAACUCGAGAGGAAACUCUAAGGAAAGCAGAAGAGAUAUUUGGGAUGGAUAACAAAGAUCUUUACCUAUCAUUUCAGGGAUUGCUAAACCGCAAUGUGCGCUAGAACUCAAAAGUACAUUGCUUGUGAUGGUUUUUAAUAAGUGGGUUUAUGAUGUGGCUCAAUGGCUGUGUGAAGAUGCAAAAGUAAACGUAGCGGGAUUUAAAUCGGAUUGGAUGGAAAGGGGUAGAAGGAUGCUUGUAAUACCAUGGGUAGAAAUAACGAAGAGGAUAUUAUAAGCAUGGAAAUGAAAGAGACCUUAGAAGAUAUGAUGGCAUGAAGGUAAAAAAUACAUGUACUUGACCCAAUUAGUUAGAAAGGAUCCACCCAAUGAGGUCUAGCUCAUUUGGCACGUCCUCCCCUUAUAAAUCCUAGGUGGAGGGUGAGGUUUGGGUUCAAGAUCCACCCGAUGUGUGUAUAACUUGUCAAUAAAAAAAAAAAAGGAUCCAUGGUUCUAACUUUGGAAGAGUAUCAGGAAGGGGUGGGACUCUUUUCUCUGUUUUGUUAGUUUUAAGGUGGGAGACGGCUCCUCUAUUAAAUUUUUGCUUGAUCUAUGUGGGGAAUUCGCUCUCUAAGGACAACCUCCCAGAACUUUAUGGCAUUGCUUGUAAUAGGGAUGCUUCAGUGGCAGAAUUGUUAUCUCUCUCAGGGUAUAGUUUUAACUGGAAUGUCAGCUUUGUUCAACCAGCUCAAGAUUAGGAGUUGGACUCAGUUGCAUCUUUCUUAGAUUUGAUCUAUUCUGGUUUGAUGAGAUGGAAUGGAGUGCAUCAGCUUUGCUGGAAACCAUCUUCCAAGAAGAUUUUUGAUGUUAGAUCCUAUUAUAAGGUUUAUAAUUCUAAUACCCUACUCUCUUUUCCUUGGAAAACCUUAUGGAAGCUGAAGGUGCCAACAAAGGUUAGUUUCUUCCUCUGGAUUGUUGCUCUGGGGAGGAUAUUAACUACUGAUAAUUUGAGGAGGCAUCCACUUGUUGUGUUUGACUGGUGUUGCAUGUGUAAGAGAGAUGGGGAAAUUACUUAUGCAUUGCCCUAUUACUAGAGAGAUUUGGAACAUGAUGUUUUCAUUAUUCAGGGUUUAGUGGGUUAUGCUGGGUGGGGUUGUGGAACUGCUAGCUAGAUGGUUGAACAAGUUCAACAGGCAUAGAUCUCCAGUGAUUUGGGUCAUCAUCCCUCAUUGUCUCAUGUGGGGUAUUUGGUGAGAGAGGAAAGCUUGUAAUCUUGAAGGAAGUGAGAGAUCAAUUCAUGAUUUGAAGUUUUUUUUCCUCUAGACUUUGUUUGAGUGGAAAAAUGCUUUGGGUGUUCUUACUUUUGAUUCUUUGGCUGAUUUGUUUGAUUGUUGCAAUUUUUAUGCUCUGUAGUUUUGUAAUUGCUGGUUCUUGAGCUAAGUUUAUCUUAAUAUGUAUAAAUAUUAAUAAUAUUUCUAUGCAAUAUCUCGCAAGGUGACAAUAAAAUGGCUCCAUGAUAUAUUUAUCAGCAGUGUCAAUGAUAACUAAUUUUAAAAUAACAUCCGUUAUUGUUCUCGAACAAUGAGAUUUAUCAUUCAAUUCAAAAUGUUUGCUAUGGCCUGAGAGUUUCUGCUGUGGUAGUGAACAAAUAGCAUAAGUUAUUGCGGACUUAAAGCAUUGCAGACCUAGAUAUUCCAGGUUCUGGGAAACGCUAAACACUUGUUUAAAGAUUAAAAAAAAAAGGUUAACUUCCAUUUGACUUUCUACUUUGAGUGAAUCCACAUGUUUGGACCUGUUUUCCCAUGUUUGUGGUUUAUAUUUAUUUUGUAAUUGCAUUACUUAUUUUAGCCUUCUGAUCAAGGACUUGAAAAAUUUGAAUUAAUCUGUUUGGAUUUUGGAUCG